CCUUACUGCAGUGUGUAUAUAUGAGCGAGGCGAGGGCUGUUUUGGGAAUCUCGGAAGAGUUGCGGCAAGGUCGAUAGAGCAUCCUACUCUUAAAAAAAAACAUCACACCGCGGAUUUUAUUCGCUUUCGUACAAGUGUGCGGAAAGCUAGAGGACCGAGAGGCUAUUUGGAGAUUUCAUCUCUUGAUGAGUAGCGUUGGCUAGGGUUGAAAGUUGAUGCCUUUUUUUAAUCUCUGAGAGCGUAUACUGAGACAGCUAGCAAGCCAUCCUUCUCCAUUUGUAGCUCUGCAUGUUUUGUGGUUGUGCUACCUUUUUGAGAGAGGCAGAAGUGGCAUUCGGCUUUUUCUGAAUUCGAAAGCACCGCGUUUCUCUGGGACCAACUAUCCAGACGGUCUCCACCACUUGGGCGGUACCAGGAGUGUGAGCUGACUACUUAUAUGUCGGAAAGAACCGGGGUUUAGAAGCAGUGUAGUUUUGCUAUUGCACACGAGUUGUGCCGGACAUUUAGCUAGGAUUUUUUCCACCCUUAAAGGUCCUUAAUUCACCGGUAAUAUUUGCAAUGUCGGCGCCAUCCUCCUUGCCUCCCGCCCAGGGAGAGAACCCCGCGCCAGAAAAUGAGGGUCUGGCCGUGGAUACAGGUUUGAAGCCCGCCGGCCCGACACCCAGCUCGAGUCGGUUCCAGGUGGACCUGGUGGCUGAAGCAGCCGGUGCCGCUGAUAAAACGCUCGCAUGUGGCGAUAAAGACGCUGCCGCCCCCGAAGGUUCGGAGCCAGCGGCGGGUGGCGAGGAAGCAAAGGGUCGGUUCCGGGUAGUGAACUUUGUGGAUCCGAGUGGAGCAAGCCCACCAGAAGCAGUGCCCGCUGAAGGUUUCCAGAAUGGAGACACCGUGAUGAGUGAGGGCAGCCUACAUUCUUCGACAGGAGGCCAACAUCACUACCAUUACGACACCCAUACAAACACCUAUUACCUAAGGACUUUUGGUCACAACACCAUCGAUGCCGUGCCGAACAUCGAUUUCUACCGGCAAACUGCUGCGCCUCUGGGGGACAAGCUGAUAAGACCCACCCUUUCGGAGCUGCACGACGAGCUAGACAAAGAGCCGUUUGAGGAUGGCUUCGCCAACGGGGAUGAGCUCACCCCGGCCGAGGAGGCCGCAGCCAAGGAGGCGUCCGAGCCCAAGGGAGCAGUCAAGUUCGGAUGGAUCAAAGGGGUGCUGGUGCGCUGCAUGUUGAACAUUUGGGGCGUGAUGCUCUUCAUCCGCAUGUCAUGGAUCGUGGGCCAGGCGGGAAUUGUUCUCUCCUGUGUGAUCGUUCUCAUGGCAACAGUUGUGACCACCAUCACCGGCCUUUCGACCUCAGCGAUUGCGACCAACGGCUUUGUACGAGGAGGAGGGGCGUACUAUUUGAUAUCAAGAAGUUUGGGCCCAGAGUUUGGCGGCUCCAUCGGUUUGAUCUUCGCCUUUGCCAACGCUGUGGCCGUCGCCAUGUACGUGGUGGGCUUUGCCGAAACCGUCGUGGAGCUCCUUGCGAGCGUGGAUUGCGUCAUGACUGAUGAAAUCAAUGACAUCCGAAUCGUCGGAACCAUCACAGUCAUCCUUCUCCUGGGUAUCUCCGUGGCAGGAAUGGAAUGGGAGGCCAAGGCUCAGAUUUUCCUGCUGAUCGUUCUGAUCACGGCCAUCUUUAACUACUUCAUUGGCUCCUUCAUCCCCCUCCAGUCCAAGGAGUCGCAGGGCUUCUUCGGCUACGACAGUGGGAUUAUGAUGGAGAACAUGGGUCCGGACUUCCGGGGCACAGAAUCGUUUUUCUCAGUCUUUGCCAUAUUCUUCCCUGCAGCCACUGGCAUUCUGGCCGGUGCCAACAUCUCAGGAGACCUUUCUGACCCACAACUGGCCAUUCCAAGAGGAACACUCUUGGCCAUUCUUAUCACCGGUAUUGUCUACCUGGGUGUUGCAAUUUCUACUGGUUCAUGCAUCGUGAGAGACGCAACAGGAAACGACAAUGACACUCACAGCGCCCAGAUCAUGGCCAACUGCACCGACGCCGCCUGCAAGUUCGGCUACGACUUCUCCUCCUGCAAGAGUGACAACGGCCUGUACAACUGCAGAUAUGGACUCCAGAACGACUUCCAGGUCAUGAGCAUCGUGUCUGGUUUCGGACCCAUCAUCACCGCCGGGAUCUUCUCCGCCACUCUGUCCUCUGCCCUGGCCUCUCUGGUCAGCGCCCCCAAAGUAUUCCAGGCUUUAUGCAAAGACAACAUCUACCCUGGCCUGGAGAUGUUUGCCAAGGGCUACGGCAAGAACAACGAGCCCCUCCGCGGCUACAUCCUCACGUUUUGCAUCGCUCUAGCCUUCAUCCUUAUUGCCAAGUUGAACAUUAUCGCUCCCAUCAUCUCCAACUUCUUCCUGGCCUCCUAUGCUCUCAUCAACUUCUCUGUGUUCCACGCCUCUCUGGCCAACUCGCCAGGAUGGCGCCCCAGCUUCAAGUACUACAACAUGUGGGUGUCCCUGGCUGGAGCCGUGCUGUGCUGCGUGGUCAUGUUCGUCAUCAACUGGUGGGCAGCCUUGAUGACCAACGUCAUUGUCAUGGGCCUCUACAUCUACGUGAGCUACAAGAAGCCCGAUGUGAACUGGGGCUCUUCCACUCAGGCUCUGACAUACCACCAAGCCCUAACCCACAGUCUGCAUCUCAGCAGUGUUGAGGACCACAUCAAGAACUUCAGACCUCAGUGCUUGGUGAUGACGGGCUACCCCAACUCCCGUCCGGCUCUGCUCCACCUGGUCCACGCUUUCACCAAGAAUGUGGGCCUAAUGAUCUGCGGCCAUGUUCGCACGGGCUCCAGAAGGCCCAACUUCAAAGAGCUGUCCAAUGACCAGACACGUUACCAGCGCUGGCUGAUGAAGAACGAGACCAAGGCAUUCUACACACCCGUGUUCGCUGAGGACAUUCGGGAGGGCACCCAGUAUCUGCUACAGGCGGCUGGCCUAGGUCGUCUGAGGCCCAACACUCUGGUGAUUGGCUUCAAGAACGACUGGAAGGACGGAGACAUGAUGAACGUUGAGACCUACAUCCAGAUGAUCCAUGAUGCUUUUGACUAUCAGUACGGUGCCGUGGUCCUCAGACUGAAGGAGGGUCUAGACGUGUCCCACAUCUCAGAACAAGAUGACCUGCUGUCGUCGCAGGAGAAAACGUCGGGGAUGAAGGAUGUGGUGGUGUCCAUCGACAUGAAGGACUCUGACGGAGACUCAUCCAAGCCCUCGUCCAAAGCCACCAGCGUCCAGAACAGCCCAGCCAUCCAGAAAGGUGACGAUGAUGAACGCAAAGCCGCAACGAAGCCGCUGUUGAGAAAAGAGAAAAGCCCCCAGACGUUGAACGUGGCCGACCAGAGGCUACUGGACGCCAGUCAGCUGUUCAAAAGGAAACAAGGCAAAGGCACUGUGGACGUGUGGUGGCUCUUUGACGACGGCGGCCUCACCCUGCUCAUCCCCUAUCUGCUCACCAACAAGAAGAAGUGGAAUGACUGCAAGAUCCGCGUCUUCAUCGGAGGCAAGAUUAACAGGAUCGACCACGACCGCAGAGCGAUGGCCACACUUCUCAGCAAGUUCAGGAUAGACUUCUCUGACAUCAAUGUACUGGGAGACAUCAACACCAAGCCCAAAAAAGAGAAUGUGACUGCCUUUGAGGAGAUGAUCGAGCCGUACCGGCUGAAGGAGGACGACAUGGAGCAGGAUACAGCAGAGGCACUGAAGGCCAGCGAGCCCUGGAGGAUCACAGACAACGAGCUGGAACUCUACAGGGCCAAGACUAAUCGUCAGAUCAGACUGAACGAACUGCUGAAGGAGCACUCGAGCACAGCCAACCUCAUUGUCAUGAGCAUGCCCCUGGCCAGAAAGGGAGCAGUAUCCAGUGCUCUCUACAUGUCCUGGUUGGAGACUCUGUCCAAGGACCUGCCUCCCCUCCUCCUGGUACGAGGCAACCACCAGAGCGUCCUCACCUUCUACUCUUAAAAUCACACACACACACGCUGCCUCUGGGACCGCCCACACCUCCUAUCCCAGUGCUAGCCCUAAGAGACACACACACACUCCAAUGAAGGUAGAAACCGUAGCCAUUUGAUGAUGAUGAUGAUGAUGAUGAUAAUGAUGAUGAUGAAGGAUAUGGUGUUGCUCUGGAGGUCCAGGCUCUUAUGUGAAAUGGGGGGCGGGGUCGGUCGGGGGGGAAAUCCACACUACUCUUUUCAAAUUGUACACAACACACAAAAGAAGUGAACAAUUUGAAUUUACUGAAAGUUGAUUUCCUCUGGUUUGAAAGCAUCUGUUCAUGCGAUUCACACAACGUUAUUAUCAUUCUUGUUUUUAUUCAGAUUCUUCGUGAUGUCACGUUUUUCAUUUAGAUCAUUUUUGCUUUUCUCAAAGCAGCAAUAAUCACCCUCUAAUUUUUCCUUUUCUUGUGUUGGGAGAGAACCAUGCCGAAUGCUUUGCUACUCCUUUUAUAGCCUUAUGGAUGUGCCUUCCAGUUGAAAUUAGAGGAUAUAAUUAUGAAUCACUCUACCCAGAUUGAAUGGUAUGAAGAAUAUAGAUGGAUAAGUUAUUUUGUUAUUGGGUUUUAAAUGUGUUUUUUUAGGAAUGUUUUUAUGCGAGUGGAUUGUAGGAGGUUAGCAAAGAGUCUCCACUUGAUGGAACAAAAAGCAUUCUGGUGUUUAUUUCUCCUCCCUAAACGGUUUCCUAUUGUUUUCUGACCUCUGAUUUAAUUUUACUCCACAUUUGUCUUCCUUUAAGCUGUGGAAAUUGAACAGUGUUCUUAGUGCAGCACCCUCUACUUACUUUAUAGUAGACGCAAUCAACUUCAACUCUGAAAGUUGAUUUGGUUGGUGCCCAAGAAUGGUCUCUUAACAAAGAUAUCUGCAGGUCUACACUUGGAAGGUCCAGGGGUCUUACUAACAUGCUGUCAGAAAUUACUAGAAGUGGGUUUAGCUUCAGAUUAGCCUCAGCAGCUUUUGAGAGACAACUGGCAUGACAACGCGAACAAGUGUUUCAACCAAAAGCAGCAAAACCCUCGGCUGAGUUCUUAGUCCACGUCGGAUUUGAGUAGGUUCCCCUCAUUGACGUCUGUCUUCAUAGUGGAAUCUAUGGGCUGAAUCCUAAUUUGAGACGCUCCAAUUUUACUCAAACUUUUUGUGGAAUUUGUGUAUUGAUGUCUAAAGGAGACUUGAAAGUCUGAGUUGGUAAUUCAUAUCUCAAGUUAGGACUCAGGCCCUCAGGUCCCCCACAUUGGAGUGACUACAAAGGAACCGGUCUAGCCCUUACAACCGAAUUAAGACUUUGCCUUAACUUUGCUGGGUGUCUUUCUUUGUUCAGAGUUUGAGUUAGUUCCGUGUUCAAAAGAGGGGAAAUUGUAGGUAGAAGCUAUGGAUUAGCAUGUUUCAAGAGGGAACUGAUACAUGUCUCUAUGCAGAUGAGCUGUAAUCAUUACUUGUUAUAAAAGCCCAUACAUGGUUUAUUUGAAAGGUUCCACUGUCCCUCAGUUCAUUUUUGGACCAUUUAGGCUGGUCCUUAAACCUAUUGUCAGCCCACUUUGCCAUUGUUCCGGGAGAGUAAAAAUUGUAGUCAUAAGGCCGACCAUGUCAUUGCCCCGCUCUUACCUAGUUCUCAUCAUUUUAUGCAAUUAAAAAAGUUUUUUUGGGGCAGGAGGCUUGGGUCAGUUGAAUGUAAAUCUGAUUAACACUAAAGUGGGAGUUGAUGAAGGGAUGGUCUCUUUCUGUUGCUUUUCUUUUCAACAAGCUACAGGUUUUUUAGAUUUCAGUCCCACAUGGAAAUCCACAUGCAGUGUGCUUUGCAUUUCAGGUUCAUUGUACUAUUACCACCCACACGACUGCAUCUCCCCAUUCUGUGUUCUUUAUCUAGACCAUGACUACGCCAUGUGAUUAUGAAUGAAUAUAUAUAUAUAUAUAUAUAUAUAUAUAUAUAUAUAUAUAUAUAUAUAUAUAUAUAUAUAUAUAUAUAUAUAUAUAUAUAUAUAUAUAUAUAACUAGUGUAUCAAAAAUAUCUCUCAAAUGUGCAAAGCAUGUCAUUAUCUUUUCUUUUUUUUUUUAUGGUUGGGGGAUUGUAAAUCUUUUUAGAAACCAGAUGGUACAAUCUUACUAACCAAGAUCUGUUCUGUGUACUGGUGUGUAAAGCACUCAACCCUCAGUUACUGUUACAAAGCGACAAUGUUACAAACGAAAACACGGGUUACUCUACAUUUUAUAUUUAAAUAUAUGAAUAAGAAAAGAUGUAUCAAUCCAACCGGGCGGGGCUCUUUGUCGUUGAUGUCACGUAAAAAUACAAAAAAAGUUGCUAUCGAUAUGUCACAACCAAAUAAGGUGCGUUCUUUUUUUUUAUUGAUGUGAGGAGUAUAAUACUGUAACAUCCUAAUCAAUGUCAUUAUUUAGCAGGAACUUGACACUACUGUGCUCUAUCCAAGAGACCAAAACAUGUCGCCUGCAACUGGUAUCCACGCCAUGUUGAGACGUCUUCAUCCUCUUUGUAACCAAAGCCCCCCCCCCUCCCAUCUGUCUUGAGUUGUGAGCCAUGACAAUGGAUGAAGAAAAGCAUUAGUCAAAAAUUCUCAUGACUCAGAAUCCUUAGUUCACACUGUAACUCGAAGAAAAACUAACGUGUAAAUAAAAGUAGUAGUCUAACUAGGUAAAUUAAGGGAGUAGAAUAUUAAUGGCAAGUUAAUAUGGAGAAAGAUAUAUAUUUAUUUUAGUUUAGAAUUCUCCAAGUUUUUUUUCUUUUUGUUUUAAAUUAAUUUGCAUGUUAAUUUUUGCAUUUUGAUCAACAACAAAAAAUCAGUUUCUCUUUUUCAGUCUGGACAUUUCUAUCUUUUAUAUGCCUUUGAACGAAAAGUUGUGUUGACAAAGCAGUUUAAAGAUGUUUUCCCCUGCUCUUCCAUCUGGGUAGAUGUGAUCUACCUAGCUGGUUGAAACAGUAAUGUUUGAUAUACUGUACUGUUAACUGUCACAUGUUUUUUUUCUAACAUUUUAACAUUUAAGGUUACCAAUACUUUGUACAUCUAUUGCAAUAAAUAAAUUAAAUGAAUCAAUCAUUA